AUGCCGCGAAUUACUCAAGAGAUAUCGUACAAUUGUGAUUAUGGCGACAAUACUUUCAAUCUUGCUAUUGAUAUAGGAGGCACUCUAGCUAAAGUCGUUUUCUCGCCUAUAAAGAGCAACAGGCUGAUGUUCUACACCAUUGAGACAGAGAGAAUCGAUAAAUUCAUGGAACUUCUGCAUUCCAUUAUCAAAGAACAUAACAAUGGGCGCUAUGAUAUGACUCAUAUAAUUGCUACCGGCGGUGGCGCCUUCAAGUUUUAUGAUUUGUUGUAUAAAAACUUCCCUCAAAUAAAGGAUAUAUCGAGAUUUGAAGAAAUGGAAGGUUUAAUUCAAGGUUUAGACUUUUUCAUUCACGAAAUUUCCGAUGAGGUAUUCACUUAUAACGACCAAGAUGGUGAAAUGAUAAUACCUACCAGUUCCGGCACCAUGGACUCGAAGGCCAUAUACCCGUACCUUCUGGUCAAUAUAGGGUCGGGCGUCUCUAUGUUAAAGGUCACAGAACCAAAUAAUUUUAGUAGAGUGGGUGGGUCUUCAUUGGGAGGAGGAACUCUUUGGGGCCUGCUAUCGCUAAUUACUGGGGCCCAAACCUACGAUCAGAUGCUCGAUUGGGCUCAAGAAGGUGACAAUUCUAGCGUUGAUAUGCUGGUUGGAGAUAUAUAUGGAACAGACUAUAAUAAAAUCGGUCUAAAGUCUUCGGCUAUCGCAAGCUCAUUCGGUAAAGUUUUCCAGAACAGAAUUACAUCUAGCACACCUUUGGCCAAUAACGACGAUGAAUUAUAUUCCUCGCAUGAAUCUAUUGAGAAAAAUAAUGGACAAAUGUUUAAGAAUCCUGAUAUUUGUAAAAGCCUUUUAUUCGCUAUUUCCAACAAUAUUGGUCAAAUAGCCUAUUUGCAAGCUAAAAUUCACAACAUACAGAAUAUAUACUUUGGUGGGUCUUAUACUAGAGGCCAUUUGACUACUAUGAAUACCUUGAGUUAUGCUAUAAAUUUUUGGUCUCAAGGAUCAAAGCAGGCGUUCUUUCUCAAACAUGAAGGCUAUUUGGGCGCAAUGGGAGCUUUUCUAAGCGCGUCUCGUCAUUCAUCUAUUAAGAACACAGAUACGUAG